GGCCGCCUCCCCUGCCGAUCCAUCCAUCCAUUCUUGAUUCUUCCUAGUUCCUACCGAGCUCUCACACAACUUAUUACAACAACGCAUAAGAGUAGAGCAUCGACCGAAAUCCAGUAGAUCAUCAGGAGGAGGAGCAAAUCCAUCUCCAUGGGAGCGGGGAUGAAGCGCGCGAGGGAGGAGCAGCCAAUGGUGUCGCUCGCGCUGUCCCUCACCACGGACUCCUCGGCGUCCACCACGUUGUCGGACAACUCCUCCACCGGUGCGCCUAGGAAGAGGACGCGGCGGGGGAGGGUGGUGGCCACGUCGGGGGAAGGGGACUUCGUCUGCAGGACUUGCGGGCGCGCCUUCGAGACGUUCCAGGCGCUGGGCGGGCACCGGACCAGCCACCUCCGCGGCCGCCAUGGGCUGGAGCUCGGUGUCGGCGUCGCCAGGGCCAUCAGGGAGCGGCAAAGGCGUGAGGACAAGCAGCAACACGAUUGCCACAUCUGCGGGCUGGGCUUCGAGACGGGCCAGGCGCUCGGCGGCCACAUGCGCCGGCACCGCGAGGAGAUGGCGCUCGACCGGUGGGUCGCGCUUUCGGAUCAGGAGGCGGGGCACCAGGCCGCCGCCGCCGACCGGCUGCCGAUCUUGCUCGAGCUGUUCGUCUAGCCUGCUGCUAGCUGGAGUAGAUCUCAAUGCUUGUUAAUUCAGGACUGCUCCAGCUGUUCGUCUAGUCUGCUAGCCUUCUUAGUCCACCUUGUAUAGAGUAUGUUCUUGCUGGUAGCUGGUUAGAGAAUGUUUUUGCAAGUUAGCUGGAUGUUUGCUUUGGAUCUGACAUUGUUUUUAACUGAUGGACUGGAGUGGAGAUUUACAUGCACUUGUAUACAUAUUGCAGAUAAAUUCGUUUGUUCUAAAUGCAAUUGAGAGAUUCUUGCACUCA